GCUUUCAGAGGUGCCAGCCACUAUUUGAAUAGUACAGAAUCCAGUGGAAGACUGACGGAUGUGUUCAAUAACGUUAUCAUGACAGGUUGCAGCUCCUUCUAUGAUUGCUACAAACUGCAGAAUGAAGAGAAUGUAGACUUACGGCAGACUUACAGUACUUCACUUUCAACAACCUCUGAAUGUUUAAAUCACAAUGACUCUUCUCUUUUCUAUGUCCCAUGGUCCACUUAUGCAGAUGAUAAUAAACAACCUCCAAAUUCUCAAAUUAAUGUAAAGAGCAGGAUUCAAACAGAAAGAAAUGACUAUGGCAGUGAAACAGAUCUGUAUGGACUUGUGUCUAACAUCUUGGAAGAACAAGAUAAAUCACAGCCCUAUUUUACUGAAGGAGCAUGUGCCACCAGUUUAAAAUCUGUAUGGCCUGUGAGCAGUACUCGAUUUACAGAUCAUCCUGAUGUGUUGUCUGAAACAAAAAGAGCAAUAGAUGGAGUCAUUCCUCAACAGGCUUUUUAUGGUGGAGAAUCUUUACCAGUUUCUGAAAAACAGUAUCUGCACACUGGUAAUGUAACAUUGCAGCAGAAGGUGGAUGACCUUUAUCAUGAGCUUACUAAUAUAGAUCUUGAUGAACAAUGGCUGUUUCCUUCCAGGAAUGAUAAUCUCAACUGUUACAAUGUUCAGUCCAAUGAAAAUGCAAAGGUAUCACAAUUUCAAGACUAUUCAUAUGCAAAAACAUGUUUUACCCCACAAACCAAUCUUUUAGAAGCAAUAAAAGAAUCAGGAACAGAUACUUACACUUAUGGAAGAGAAAAAACAGGUCCUAGGGGACAUGAUUCAGAACAUCAAAAGAAAGCUGAAAUGUUUCUUUCACAAUUUAAUAGGUACGGUGAAAGUGCAGAUUAUUAUAGAUACCUGGAUUAUUCUCAUCUUAAUAAAGUAAAGCAAAAUAAAAACAUAAAUUAUGCUGUCCAAGAGAGUAAAAAAUUACCAAGUGGAACACCUGAGUUACCAAUGUUAGAUACAGAUAAUUAUAGUAAAUUUUUUCAAAAUAAACAAGUUGUCCCAAAGAAAAUGGAAGAUGUAUCUUCAGAGCAGCAGAGUUUUACAUUUCAAAAGACCACAGGACUCUUAUCAGAAAAACAGUUUGUGAAUGAAAAUUCAUUUACUCCUGAUUUUGGUUUAAAGUCGGAUUUUACCCUGAAGUCUCAUAUAGCUGUUCCAGGAAGUGGUGAUUUUGCAAAUGUUUCAGAAAAUUCAGAUUAUUUCAAAUCACUGAAUAUUUUAGCAACAAAUCCAGUAACUACUUCACCAAGCACAAACCUGAGGCCAACAUGGAUAAAUAUACAAGCUAAAAACAGUUCCUCUGUCCCUAUUCGGAAUCAAAGCACCUUGAUAAAAUUGAGUAAUUUAUCUACAGGUUCAAAAGGUUCCAAUCAUUCUUACGAUUUUUCUCAGCUAUCAUCAGCGAAUGUAACUUUAAAUAAUAAUUUGUUACUUCAGAAAUAUCGCCAAGAAGCACCUACAAUAUUUUCCAAUUUUGAUUUCAAAGAUGGUGGUGCUACAGAGAGAGUUUCUUCUUCCAGUCAUACAGAAGGAUUAAGUAAAGUAGAAGAAAGCCUUUUUGAGUCCAUUAUUGACAAAAAAAUUAAGCCACCAAACGGUUUUUGUGAUAACUAUUCACAGCAAUAUGGGAUCAUUGAAAAUGUGAACAAGCACAAUUUUCAAGUUAAACCACAAACUGGACAUUAUGAAGUUGAGGAAGGCCAAAAACAUUUAGAUGGAUUGUCUCAAAAUUCCUACCAAGAUAUAUUGGAGUCUCAAGGCCACUUAAAUAGUCAUAGACAAGGAGGCGGAGAUAGUAAUAUUGUCAGUAACCGUGUAAAUUGCAACCAAGUUUCUUGUUUCUCAAAUAAUUUUAUGAUGGGUGAUUUGAGACAUAGCCCAAAUGCCCAACAGCUAAGUUCAAACAGAUUUCCUUUGAAACCCAACCAUGCUUUUGGACCAUCAGUUAUUCCUUUGAUGGAUUCCUAUGAUUUGUUUUCCUAUGAGGAUUUAAGCCAUUUGUACCCAUAUUUUAAUGAUAUGAUGUAUGGAGACAAUUCUUUCACCGGCUUCAUUCCAACAUUUGGAUUUCAAAGACCCGUGAAAACUCGAAGUGGAUCAGCCAGUGAGCUUCAUAUUAGAUUGGAAGAAUGUUAUGAACAGUGGAGAGCUCUAGAAAAAGAAAGGAAAAAGACUGAAUCUGCCCUUGCAAAGAAUUACCCUGGGAAGAAGGUAUCUAGCACUAAUAACACUCCUAUCCCAAGACUGACAUCAAAUCCAUCCAGAGUUGACCGUUUAAUUGUGGAUCAGUUACGAGAGCAAGCCAGAGUUGUGACUCUGCUGGGAAAGAUGGAACGUCUCCGAAGUUCUCCCCUUCAUGCUAAUAUCUGUACUGCUCUUGAUAAGCACUUGGAAGCAAUACAUGUUGUUCAAUCCCGCAGAAAGGAUGAAAUUGUCAAUGCUUCACAUCGGCAAAGACAAGGAGGCCCCCGGUGUCAAGAUGACAGAGAUGUUUUUGCUCUUGCAUUGGCUAUUAAAGAGAUGUGCAUAGCAACACGUAAAGCUCGUACUACACUGUGGUGUGCUCUUCAGAUGACAUUGCCUAAAACAACCUAUACAUCUGUUCCAGCUGAGAUGGAAAAGGUUUUACAAGAGCUAGUAACAUCUCAAGAUUAAUUGUAUGAUCAGAUGAAUAGUGGUAAUCCUAUGAUUCAACGGGGAGAUACAAAAAAGCACUGAAAAGCAAAGGCAAAUAUAUAUAUACAUACAUAUACAUACAUACAUAUAUAUACAUACAUACAUACACAUACAUACAUACAUACAUAUAUGUUUAAACAUUCUGUCCAAAUUAAAAGUAACUACAAGGAAGUAAAGUUGGCUUAUGUGAAUCCAGCAGCUAACUGAUAAGUAUCAGUUAACAUAAGCCACAAUGUCUGUGUUAACCGCUGUUGGAAUCAGUAUAUUAAUGAGGUUGAACUACUGUAUUAGGUUCAAUAAAUCAGUAUGUUUUAAACUUUUAAAUCCAUUCUACAUUGUAAGUAUACACAAUGAGAGUUUGGUUGUAUAAUAAAAAUUCUUUUAGAUUACAUUAUUACUUUAAAAUAAUGAACUGAAUUGCUGUCACAUACUAUCGUGUAUGCAGUCUAGUAAAACAAUCUUAGAUUGUGAAAAGAAAAAAGGUUUCAUUUAGACAAUGAGUACCUGGAAACAUAAAGAAAACCAAGCUAAACACACCCAGUAUGAAAAUUUUAAAAAUGAAAAUAUUUAAAGGAAUAUAUAUUUAUGAAUUUGAAACCUUAUUUUAAGCUUAAGUACAAAAUUAACCGAUUUUUCUCAAAUUAGUGAUGCUAUCAUAAAGUUAUUAUCCAACCAUGCAUU